GUUUACUUAAUGACUAAUUUUUGAGGAUUGCACGAAUACAUCCUUUUCAUUCAUUGCCAAACUUAUUAGACUGUACUCCUUUUUAUUACAUACACACGGCUUCACAAUGCAUUUUUCAAUAUGCGAGAAGGGAACAGAAUCAAGGGUGUGUGUGCGAUUCAUGACGUCACUAGUAAAUACGAGUUUAUCGUAUGUGUGGUAAUGGAGAAACCGGAAGAUGGAGUGACAAGCUGAAUAAAAAGUACGAUAUUUCAGUAUAACUUUAUAUUCUCGUGGUUUGACGGAUACGAAAUGAAAAUUCAACAUUUAUAGAUGUCCAGUGUGCACUUUAGAUCGUUCCAUAUCAACGAAAAAGACAAUUUUCAACAUUCCAAAAUCACACGUGAUGUCCGCCGACGCUGGGGCAUCGGGCUCAACUAAUAAUGUAGUUGCUGCAACCAGCGGGGUGGUAGCGAAUGCUCCGCGUCUCGUCCCGGGGGCGUGCUCCCCGGCGAAUGCGGUAGCCAUCGCUCCACCACCCUCCGUCCCGACCACAUCAACUUGCACUGCUGCAGUGAAAAUCAGAGGCGCACCAAGCAAGUAUGUGAAAUUAAACGUUGGAGGAGCGUUGUUUUACACAACGAUCGAUACCUUGACAAAGCAGGAUAACAUGCUACGGGCAAUGUUUAGUGGCAGAAUGGAGGUUUUGACAGAUUCAGAAGGUUGGAUCCUGAUAGACCGAAGUGGGAAGCAUUUUGGGAUCAUACUCAACUAUCUACGAGAUGGUCACAUCCCAUUGCCAGAAUCUGUACAGGAGAUAGAAGAACUAAUGGCAGAGGCCAAGUAUUAUCUUGUACAAAGCAUUGUUGAACAGUGUAAUAAGGUCCUCCUCAACAAGAAAGAUGAGUUCUACCCUGUCUGUCGUAUCCCUGUCAUAACAUCACAACGUGAGGCACAGAUGCUCAUUUCAAACUCUGCAAAGCCUGUGGUGAAAUUAGUUUACAACAGACAAAACAACAAAUAUUCAUACACAAGCAAUUCUGAUGACAACAUUCUGAAAAAUAUCGAGAUGUUUGACAAGCUUUCUGUUCGCUUCAAUGGCCGUGUGACAUUUGUUAAGGAUGUAUUUGUCAAUGAGGAAAUAUGUUGCUGGUCUUUCUUUGGGCAUUCCCGCAAGGUAGCAGAAAUCAGUUGUACAUCUAUAGUGUAUACCAGUGAGAAGAAACAAACCAAGGUUGAGUUUCCUGAAGCACGUAUCCUAGAAGAGACUCUCAAUGUACUGCUCUAUGAGAGACACACUGAAAGCGAGAGUGAUCCCGCUAUUUUACGCCAGAUAGGCUCUCUGGUAGCGGUUGGAACGUCAAGCUGUAGUGAUGAGGAUGAAGAUCAUCCAAGGGAUAUACGUCUACGUAAGACAUAGCAAUCAGCCGCAUGGGGCUGGAGAUUGGAAAGCUACCACGACCGACGCAAAUCAUUGUAACGGGAAUGAGUAGGAUGAGUGACGUCAUAUAAAGCAUCUAUGGGAGAGAUUUAAGAAAGCAAUGGUCUGUUCAGUUGGCCCACUGAUUUGCUGAUCUAUUAUAUCAUUAAUGCCUCUUGUCGACAUUGUAUUUUCAAAGCUUGUCAGGAUUGUUUGCAUGCGAUCAGAGUUUGACUCUUGAAGUCAUUGUAACAAACCUGACUGAAUAACCAUGGGUGAGGAUGUGAUUUAAUGGAUCAUCAGCAAACGUGGGUUGCUAUGUCAAAAGACCAUUUUUCUGGGGGGGGGGGGGGACUUCAGAUGUUAACUACAUGUAGAGAAAUAAAAACUCCCAAAGUGAGGUUUGAAUCAUGAAUUAUACAAAGUGCUGCAAACAAAGUUAGGUGUAUCAAUCAUCAAGUCAAGGCUAGCCAUAGUUCUUCAUAGUAUUAUUUGCAUGGUUUUAUCCUUAUUUCUUAUUACUUGUAGUUUCCUUUUCUGUUUUAUUAUUUUGCAUGUAUCACAUAUAUAAUUUUUUUGUGAGCGAAAUUUGAAGAGGAUCUUUGUCCUUCACUUGUACAAUUUUUUUCCAUUCAAACUCCUUAUAUUGAUACUUUUCAUGCAAAAUACUAUACAAUGAAACAAUACUAUGUGAGGAGUUCAGAUGUUUUUCUUAAUGAUAAGUUAUCUGCUUUAUUUGAUCUCAAUGCAAUUAAAAAAAUGUUUUCCAAUAUUAAGCAUUAUAUUCUAACAGCAUUUACAGAAUUAAUAUCUGAUUCUUACCAUAUGUUUGCAGUGAUAGAUCCAGUAUUUACAAGGUGGGAACAUGUUUUCUAUAAAAAAAAAUUGUAAACAAAAAAAAAGAAGAAAAUGAACCACUCCUGGGUCCCCUGAACUAUUUUCAUGCACAACUUAGUUUGUUAAGAAUAGAGAAGAUAUUUUGGAAAGCUGCAGUGUUCAUUUCAAGUAACAUAAAUGGUAAUGAAUGAUGGUUUCUUAUAUAUCUCUGCAAGAGAAGGAGAAAUAUGUAUUACUUAAUAAUAGAUCCAACAAAAUUAUGGUAUACUUUUUCAAUCAUUGCCUUGCCCAUCAAUUCAAAGCUCUUUAUAGGAGGAGUAAGUCUGAAUUCUGACGUCUAGCAAGCAUUUUAUCAACAUUUGUUGUCUACACAAGUUAAAGGACUCAACAACUUAAUUUGCAGAAUGCAAUCUAUAUUUUUGUUUGGUGGCAAGUUUAAAUUUUUGUCUUUUUAACAUCAAAUUUGAACAUGCUCAAUGUUGCAUACCUCUUACAGUUAUUUUCAGCAUCUCUCUAAAAAGAAACUAUUUGAUAUCAAGGUGGACCUUUCCUUCAUUGUGAUAAAAAUUUAUUUCAUUGAAAUUUCUUUGUUUCCAAAGAGAAUAAAUUGAAAGAUCCAUGUUUUCAUUCUUUUAUUCCUUUGAGCCUUAUUUCUAAAGUAGAAAUUUUGUUGACUGAAACACUAGAUCAUUUACUCUCCAUCAUUAAUUUAGCCUUUCUCUGCUUCCUUCUUUCCUGUAAUCACCUGUAAUAAUUUCACCCUUGCAUGAAGUCGUUCUAUCUUCCUUUGGUGUAGUUUCAUGUGCUUAACAAUUCAUAGUCAUUUAUUUUUAUAUUUAUUUAGAAGUACACCAGGCUAGUGUAGAUAACAUAGCAAGCACAUUAAUGAUUGAAUAAUUCAAAGGUAUGUAUACCCACUGGCGGAUCCAGGGAGGGGGGGGGGGGGCACAGCCGGCCCAUGAGGCACAAUUAAAAUUUGUAAUGUGAAUAUGCUGUUCUAACACAGUGUGCCCCCCUUUUGAAAGCGAGGACCAUUUUUUUAUUUUUUUUGCUUAUCAAAUUUUCAUCGGCAAAAUGUGCCCUUCCCCUUUGGAAAAUCCUAGAUCCACCCCUGUGUAUACCGUACAUUAACAUAAUAGGGUGAGUGAAGAUUAUAUCAACAAAUGAGACGGGAGAGUAGAGAAAGGAGAUGAACAAGAAAGACAAUCUAGAAAUAUUAGUCACUAUCAGAAGUUGGUUUAUAUCUCUGGCUCCAUGCACAUAUAUUUGAAAAAACAGGUUUAAAGGAACACCAAGAAAUUAUAAAAAGCCCGUUCUUAGGACUCUUCCCUUUUUGCUAUUGUUUUGUUGAUGUGUUUUCAAUAUUUGUCAUUUUGAUACUUAAUGUUACAUGAGACAUUCUCUGGUCAAAGGAAAUAACUUGUAAUUGUAAAACUUAAGAUGAAAUAAAUAUGUACUGGCAGGAUAAUGAGAUUUACCUUGCUGCAUUUUAUUGUAAAGAAGUCUCUUGCUGAAUUCUUUUCAUGAUCUAUAGACAUUAUGAUGUAUGUAUGCAGUAUACUAUUUUUUAUCUUCUGUAGAGGGCACCUAACUAUAAAUUUCUUGGUAGUUCCUUUAACCUGGUUGGUAGCAUCAUUUUAAGAUGCUGAUACAUUGUAUAAAGUUGUUAUAUAAGAAGGGAGAAGAUGUUACCUUCUUGGUCAUUCACAUGUUUGUCAUGUCUUGUUGAAGGUUUUGUUUCACUGUUGUCCCAAGACAAAAUCACAUCAAAUCUUAACCUUAACAAUCAAUCAUAACCCUACACAUCACAAGGGGGGUCUUCCUUCCUCAACAUUUCCCAAUAGCAACCUGAUACAUAUAUGCAUUUCUGAGGAUAUGCAAAAUUGUCAAUCCCAAAAUCAAUUAACAUGAUUUCAUGUACAAAUGCAAUUCAAUUUUUAUGUUUCUAGCAAAACUUGAUAACUAUCAUUCUUCAUCACAGGUGAAUCUGUUCAAUGAAUGUCACAAGUCCAAAGUCUGAAUUGUGAUCUGUCCAUUGUAGUUAAUAUUUGUAUUGAUUGAACAUUGUAUAUUGAAGAUGUGUAGGAACUAGUAACAAGCAUGCAUACACAUUCACAUUGUUACAAAUAUUUUUUAUAAAUUUGUCAAUUAUUUGUAAGAAAAUAGAGUCCGACAUAUUUGCUGAUUUUCUUGGAUUGAGUAUUAGAAGACAAGCAUGAGAAAGUAAAAAAAAGCAAAAUCAUUGAUUCUGAAAAUUAAUGUCAUCCAUAGACUCCAGUCAUUUGACUUACGGGGAAUUGACUCUAGCUUGGCUGAUCAUAUAACAAAAAUGAUUGCUGAAAUAUAAAGUUCUUGAUGAUCUUACUAGUAAGACUGUACAUAGAUAUUUGAGUGUUCAUGGUGAUACAACCAAUGACAAUACAAUGUAUGUAUUUGGUCUUGUAUUUUUUUAAAGCAAAUGAUUAAUAUUUCUAUGGAUUGGAAUGGAGUCAGUUUUUUUUAACGACUGAAGUAUGAUAUCUUUACGCUCUUUGUUAUUAAGUUUAUGACACAGGAGAAGAAGCAUACAAAAAUCAGCUUUUGAAAGUACCUCUUCCCAUUUCGGUGAUACAGAGUAUCUUGGUUCUUUUCAUGUUAUUGUUACAGUAAUUACUUUCCCUUCUUUACCUUUUGAUUUAUUCUUGUCCUACUAACCCCCGAACAAUAUAUUUUUAAAAAGGUUUCACGUAUGUUAAUUUUCCCUUCUUAUGUCAUCCUUAUUCCUUUACAUCAUCACCCUAAUCACAUAACAUGUACUUCUUUCCAUUCAUUAUUCUUUGAGAAAGGGGAGGAGAACAUUAGAUCAUGAUAUAAAUAGAAUUUUAGAAUCAUUUUGUUUAUAUCAUUGAUGUCACAGUCGCACCAAGUUCACCAACAAAACUUACUUUUAACCAACUGAUGGUAUAUCAUUGAAAUAACAAUCAGUCUGGUGUCGGGUUUGCUAGUACAAAUGAUGGUAUAUCAUUGAAAUAACAAUCAGGCUGGUGUCGGUUUUGCUAGUACAAAUGAUGGUAUAUCAUUGAAAUAACAAUCAGUCUGGUGUCGGUUUUGCUAGUACAACUGAUGGUAUAUCAUUGAAAUAACAAUCAGUCUGGUGUUGGUUUUGCUAGUACAACUGAUGGUAUAUCAUUGAAAUAACAAUCAGUCUGGUGUCGGUUUUGCUAGUACAACUGAUGGUAUAUCAUUGAAAUAACAAUCAGUCUGGUGUCGGUUUUGCUAGUACAACUGAUGGUAUAUCAUUGAAAUAACAAUCAGUCUGGUGUCGGUUUUGCUAGUACAAAUGAUGGUAUAUCAUUGAAAUAACAAUCAGUCUGGUGUCGGUUUUGCUAGUACAACUGAUGGUAUAUCAUUGAAAUAACAAUCAGUCUGGUGUCGGUUUUGCUAGUACAACUGAUGGUAUAUCAUUGAAAUAACAAUCAGUCUGGUGCCGGUUUUGCUAGUACAAAUGAUAUAAGAUUAAUCUAAUUUUACAGGCAGCAUGAUGAUUUCUCUAUUGUUUAUUCCUCAUACCCUUUUUUUGUUGACAGUUGAAAAAGGGAUUAUUUUCUCCUUGUUAAUACAAUUAUGUACACCUAGCCUUGCAGAUAUCAAGAAGACAUCUUGCGUGCAUGAAAAGUUUUUGGAAAACCUUUUUUUUUUGGUGUAUAAAAAUGUUUAUGUUUAGUGAUAUAUGUUCUAAUGAAUGUACCCAGCUUUCUCAAGUUGAGAAUAUUGAGAGUUAUUAGUGUGUGCGAUGUGUAUCUAAGAGGAUGGAAUGAAAAUGUGUAAAGAUAUUUCUUUUAUUAAUAAAAUGAAUUAUGCUUGAAGAUUUGAAAA